AUGCGCGGGCUUCUGCUUAUCGCCAUCGCCCUCGUGGCUCUCUUCCACGGAUAUGCGGUCGCUACUGUAAGACUGUCCAAACCGGUCAUCAGCCCCGAGUUUGAAAUGUCCAAGUAUGACAACCAGCUCGAGAAGGAACUCCCGGCCCGGCCAUUCUCACUUGAAUACUGGAGUCCCGACCUCAUUCCCAAAAUUUACUUCAAUCUUUGGGUGAAUAACGUGUCCUACAGCCCGUUCGACAUCGGUACUGUGAAUGUUCUCUACCCGGACUGCCCUCACUAUCAGGUGGUCAGUCGACACAAGAACUACGAAGAGUCGUGGGACUCUAUAUUCAAGAGACUGUCCAAGGUUCCUGUUGGCAUGCGCCAGUGGACGGGAAACAUACUCUUUUUGCCCGCCAGGUCGACGACCGCAUUCCAGCUGGGGUCCAGCGUAACCUUCACAAAGGCCCUGCACAAUCUCGGAGUGGCCGCGCACGAGUUCACCCACGUCCUGGACGCGUUCGCGCUGGCCGACUACGUCCAGGCGAACGGCUACAAGCCCGGGACCCGGUAUUCGGAGACGAGCAUGUGGGCCGACGCUUAUAACAGGGACUCGGCGACGGCCACGCCGUACGGGCGAACAAACUGGGUCGAAAACUUUGCCGACGCCGGACGCUUCGCCAUGUCCGACAUGACCACCCAGGGCGGCAUCAUUUCACGCCACAGUAACUGGUCCGGCAUCGCAACGCAGAAUGCCAACUACCGCCGCCGCCUGGAGCACAUCAUCUUCCCAGAGGGCUUCCCGCGAGGAGGACUGUGCACGGGGAAGGUCCCCGGCUCGCCCGCGGUGUGGAAGUCGACGGGAGAAGAGCGUGAUGUGAAUGAAGGUAUGGACGAGAGGAAGCGUAAGCGUAACAAGCACAGAGUUCGCCGAGUGCCUGUGGGAGCGGAAAACAUCCCGAUAAUUGUGCUGCCGGAUUUCAAGUCUGAGCCGGUGGUGUAUCGGGGGCCUUGAGGAGCGGUUGGAAAAGAUAAAUAUGUAAAUAACGAAUAAAAACGAGGAAGGCCUUAGCGGACCAGACAGCGAUAGCGUCGUAUAAAUUGGAAUUGGA